UUUAUUUCCAAUUGACAGCUUGACUUGUUUAGUGUAUUUGUUAUGAUUCUAUUUUAUUGGACAGACGCGUUUAAAGUCCGUCGCAAUAUUAAACAAAGUAUUUACUAUUCGCUGUGUGAAUUAAUGGACAAUUUCGUAAUAGUUUCAAGCAAAUGUGAGAAAUAACUGCGAUUGAAAUGAAUCGUGAAGCUUAAGAGAUUCACAACUACCAACCAAUUGUUUAACCCAAAUGUUUAUACACUUCAAGGGUAGACGUUAAAGGGCAAACAAACGAUAUAAAUCCCCCUCCCAACUACUAGAAUAAGCAGCAAAUAAUACCGCAAUCAUCAGCAGCACAAAAGCACAAAACAGCAACUGAUAAACGUUUAUAGAAGUUCUGUUCUUGGCCAACAACAGAACUAUGAAAGCGGCUGGCAUACGUUAACUUGGAAAGCAUGCUGAACACUCAGCGUUAUAAAAUAAUAAAUAGAAAUUCGAUAAGCGCACGAAAGUUUUGAGUGAAAAUUUUACAUUCAAAUACAGGGAAAAAAGAAGCAUAAUGAACGGCUGAAACCAUCGACAAUUCCAAUAGCAUUACUUCGCUUUCACUCUCAGUGCCAGACCUAAAACGAAACGAAUGGCUUGUCCUUUUGGACAUGGCUUGAAAUCGAUCAUAUACCUGAAUAUAUAACCAACAGUGCAAUAAUCUAAACGGUAAACCUUGUAUUAUCUACUCUAACUUAUCUAUAACAAAAAAAAAAAAAAACAAAAACCUCUACAACAAAUGGAGCUUCUCCAACGCGUUCUUUUCACCCUGGUGGGUGCUGCUUCUGUGUGUUACUUUGUGAUAAAAGUUGCCCUGGGCCAUUGGAAACGCCGCGGCAUUUUGCAUGAGAAGCCCAAAAAACCCUGGGGCCAUCUAAAGGGUGUCGGUCGUAAGCGCCAUGUAGCUGAGGUGCUGCAGACCCUCUAUGACAAGUACAAAGGUCAAGCGCCAUUUAUUGGCUUCUUUGCCCUGCUGAAACCCAUGUUGCUCAUAUUAGAUCUCGACUCUAUUAACUACAUAUUGCUCAAAGACGCUAAAUAUUUUAUGGAUCGUGGUUUGUAUUACAACAUCCAAGAUGAUGUGCUUUCCCAAAAUCAAUUGCAAAUGGAUGGCAUCGAAUGGCAGCAUAUGCAUCUUAAGCUGAAAUCAUUGCAAUGGCAAGAAAAAUUGCAAAACCUAUUACCGGCUUUGCUAAAAGUACAGCAGACUUUUGAAAACUCGCUCAAGGAUAAAAUCCCUAAGACUGUAGCGGCCCAAAAUGUAACCGAAUUGGUGGAGGGUUUUAACAUUGAUUGCAUUUCAUCGCUGGCAUUUGGCCUGGAGGGCGAUUCCUUGCGCUAUCGCAACACCCAAUUCCAUCAUAUGUGCAAAUCAUAUACCAAAUCCAAUUUUAAUAUUUACAAGGCCUAUUUGGCUUUUUGGUUUCCAUCCUUGGCCCGCCUCUUCCAGUAUCACGUGUACUCGCCCAUGGCCACACAAUAUUUCCAGAAACUCAUAGCGGAAAAACUGACGGAACGUGAAUAUCAGCGCACCCAAUCCAGUCACUUUGAUUUUCUACAGCUUUGGUGUGAUUCUCGCAAAAUAAGUCAACGCAAUCAAAUGUAUAAGAAAUUGGAAAAUCAGGAAAUUGUUGGUCAAGCCUUUAGUUUCAUCUUGGCUGGUUUGGAGUCAACGACUACGACACUAUCAUGUUGCCUUUAUGAACUAGCUCUGCAGCCAGACAUACAGCAUAUGGCACGCUCAGAAAUUCGUGCUGUUUUGGCAAAACAUCAAAGCAAAUUAACUGAAGAUGCCCUUAAUGAAUUGGUGUACCUGAAGCAGAUAUUAAAUGAAACUCUACGCAAACACUCCCCUUAUCCAUUCCUAUUGCGUCUCACUACCAAAGAAUACGAAUUACCCAAUUCGAUAUUUAUGCUACAGGAGGGUAAUCACUUGAUUAUACCCACUUCGGCCAUACAUCAUGAUGCUGCUUUCUAUGCCCGACCCGAUAAGUUCGAUCCAGAGCAUUUUCAUUCCAAAAAUGUGCAACAACGGCCGCCAUGUGCAUUCCUGCCCUAUGGAAUGGGACCAAGAGCAUGUAUGGCCCAGCAUUAUGUGCAGCAACAAAUGUUGGUGUGUCUGGUUACGUUGCUGCAAUGCUACAGUUUUACACCAUGUGCCGAAACUAUAAUACCUUUGACCUAUGACAACUCGAAAGUGUUGAGGAAACCCAAAAAAGACAUUUGGCUGUCAAUGCAAAAGACUUAAAUAGGCCAUAGACCAUAAGUGUGAUCUAUGUAAAUACAAUGCAUACAUAUUUAUAUGAGGGACAUGUGUAGAUUUGUAAGAAUUGGAUAUGCCAGUUGUUUUAUUAUUUUAUUGCUUUGUUUUUAGUUCAUUACACCACACCACAAUACAACGCGGUGAUGAUGUUCAUUGUUGUGCAAAAGAAAAUCAGCAGCAUUUGUGCUGUGGACAACUUUAAGUUUUUAUUUCUAUGAGUAGCAUAUGUAUGUAUGUACAUAUGUGCAUCUGUUUGUACAUUUUGCCUAGUAGUAGUCAUGUAAGCUAGUUAUAUGUGGUCUAUUUUGUUGCUAAAUGCUUUAAGCCUUUCUAUUGUCUGCCAGCCUGCCUGUAUUCGCCUCAUACCUGCUGCAUUCGCUGUCGGCACGUAUGUGGACUAUGAUUUAAUUUUAAGUUUUUCUUCGGAAUUUCUUUGUUUAAUCUUCAAUAGAGAGGAAGAGUCGAAACGAGUUUCAGUUAAUUAAACGCCGACGCUGUUAACGUUUUGGUUGAGGUUUUUGUUGCGUAUUUUGCUUUUUGUAACUUGUGAUAAUUUGUUGUAUUAAUUAUUGUUUAUUAUUUUUAGCACUGAGGAAAAAAAAUCAUAAAAAUUGUUUGGAUUAUUUUUAUUAUUUUUAUUUUAU